AUCACGUGACAGCUGGAGCGGUCACGCGGGGCGGAAGUAGCGGGUGUCACGUGACGGGCCGGUCAGGGAAGGACCGCGAUGGAGACGGCCGGAAAGGAGAAAGAGGCGCUGCAGCUCUUGGCAGAGGCGGACAGGAAGGUCAGGGGCGCUCAGUCCUUCCUCGCAGGACUCUUCGGUGGUUCGUCCCGUUUGGAAGAGGCCGCGGAAUGUUACGGAAGAGCGGCGAAUAUGUUCAAAAUGGCGAAGAAUUGGAGCGCCGCCGGGAACGCCUUCUGCCAAGCGGCUCAGCUCCAUCUGCAGCUCCAGAGCAAACACGACGCCGCCACCAACCUGGUGGACGCCGGGAAUGCCUUCAAGAAGGCGGAUCCGCAGGAGGCCAUCAACUGCCUGAUCCGGGCCAUCGAGAUCUACACCGACAUGGGCCGCUUCACCAUCGCCGCUAAACACCACAUUUCCAUCGCGGAGAUCUACGAGACGGAGCUGGUGGACAUCGAGAAGGCGGUCGCCCACUACGAGCAGGCAGCCGACUACUACAGAGGAGAGGAAUCCAACAGCUCGGCCAAUAAGUGCCUGCUGAAGGUGGCCACGUACGCGGCGCAGCUGGAGCAGUACCAGAAGGCCCUGGAGAUCUACGAGCAGGUGGGAACGAGCGCGAUGGACAGUCCUCUGCUCAAGUACAGCGCCAAAGAGCACUUCUUCAGGGCAGCGCUGUGCCACUUCUGCAUCGACAUGCUCAACGCCAAGUUGGCCGUGCAGAAAUACGAGGAGAUGUUCCCGGCCUUCAGCGACUCCCGGGAAUGCAAACUGGUCAAGCUCUUGGAUGCCCACGAGGAGCAGAACAUCGACGCCUACACCGACGCCGUGAAGGAAUUCGACGCCAUCUCCCGUCUGGACCAGUGGCUGACGACGAUGCUGCUCCGCAUCAAGAAGACCAUCCAGGGCGAAGACGAGGACUUGCGUUAAAGCUCCGGGCUUUUUUCCCGCCAUUCCUGUUAAUCCGGAGUCACUCCGCUUUCAGCCGGAGCCAUUCCCGUCGAUCCAGAGCCGGUUCCUGUUAAGCUGGAGCUGCUUCGGUUCCAUUCGGAGCCGUCGCCGUCAAGCCGGAGUCGCUCUGGUUUAAUCCGGAUCCAUUCUCGUUCUAUCGGGAGCCGUUCCGGUUUAAUUGAGACCCAUCGCCAUCAAUCCGGAGUCGCUCUGGUUUAAUCCGGAGUCGCUCUGGUUUAAGAUGGAUUCAUUCCUGUUCAAUCUACAGAUGUUUCGGUUUAAUUUAGACCCGUUGCCAUCAAUCCGGAGCUGCUCCGGUUUAAUCCGGAGCCGUUACCAUCGAUCCAUAGCUGCUCCGGUUUAAUCCAGGUUCAUUCCAGUUCAAUCUGGAGCCCUUCUGGUACAGUCUAAACCCAUUGCCAUCAAUCCAGAGCCACUCCGGUUUAAUCUGGAGCC